AUGACCGCACCCACGCACCUCGACCCCAGCGAACUGGGCACGAAAUCCUACUGGGACGCCGCCUACAACACCGAACGCCAAAACUUUGCCGCAAACGCCGACGACGAAGGCACGAUAUGGUUCAGCGACGCGGGCGCCGAGGAGCGCAUGCUGUCUUUCCUUGAAGACCUCAGCGACGAGGGCCACAUACACAAAGAGGACGACGGGGACGACCACAACGCGGCGCGGUUCCUGGACCUGGGAACGGGAAAUGGGCAUUUGCUCUUUGCGCUGCGCGAGGACGAGUGGAACGGCGAGAUGGUUGGCGUCGAUUACUCUGCGCAGAGCGUCACGCUUGCCACGUCGAUUCGCGACGCGAAGGAUGACUCUUACAAGGACAUUGCGUUCCAUGAGUGGGAUAUUCUGUCGCAGGCACCAGGCGCGUGGCUAGGCGCUGGCUUCGAUGUCGUACUGGACAAGGGCACAUUUGACGCCAUCUGCUUGUCGCAAGAAGAAGACGCGCAAGGUCGUAGGAUCUGCGAGGGUUACAGGGAAAAGGUCGAGCCCCUCAUGAAGAAGGGCGGCAGGUUCCUCAUCACAAGCUGCAAUUGGACAGAAGAAGAGCUCAAGGGCUGGUUUGGAGGCGGAGAGCUGGAGUUUGAGGGCAAAGUCAAAUAUCCCAGCUUCACCUUUGGAGGCAAGACGGGCAGCAGUGUUGUUACGCUGUGCUUCAAGAGGGUGUGA